CCACUCUCCGAGGACACCGCACAACCGAAUAGCCCGGGACACUAGUCACAACUCGUCCCUUUCCUUUCCCCUCUGCCAAGUUAGCGCAGCGAGAUUUUAAAGAACCGAAAGAUAACACAGUCCAGGAGAUCCCAGACUCUCCCAGCCAAGGAUGAGGGGCUAAACUUUCAGAGAGAGGGGGGAAAAGUUCUGCUAAAAGUGGGGAGGAAGGCCGGGAGGAGAGGAGAGUGGACGAGCUGCUGGUGUGUGCGUGUGUUCCCGUUGUACCUGCGAGAUGGAAGGGAGCUUCAAGUGUGCUGUGCCUCUGGUGUUGUUCUGCGGUUGGUUUAGCGGGGUGCACCUGAAAAGUCCGAGCUGCCACGAAGUGCGAACUGCAUUCCAACUCCGGCAAAUAGGACCACUCAAGUUGGUGCCCGACACUCCCGGGAGAGAUGGGGAUUUACAGAUCUGUAUGCACAACGAGCCAACCUGUUGCACAAAGAGAAUGGAAGAACGGUAUCAAGUAGUGGUGCGCCGAGAGGUCCUACAGAGCAUCCAGUUCCUGAGCUUUGAACUGAAAUACAGAAUUGAAAAGAAUGGCGGGGCUUUCCAAGAGGCUUUUAAAUCAUUGAUACACAUUGCAACCAAUCACACCAACUCUAUGUUCAAGACAGGGUACAGAACAAUGGCAAAGGAAGCUUCAGAGGUGGUGAAGGGGUUCUUUACUGACAUCUCUCUCUAUGUUCUGGAUUUGGACGCAAGCAUUGAAGACAUUGUCCUGAGUUUCUUUGAUAGCCUCUUUCCAUUGGUUUUCAAUCGCCUGAUACACCCAGGGCUCAGUGAUGUUUCUGUGGAUUAUUCAGAGUGCCUUCGAUUGACCAGACAGGAUGUCAACCCCUUUGGUUCCUACCCUGUGAAGAUGGCAGCUGAACUGUCCAGGCCCCUCCAGGCAAUGAAGACUCUUCUACAAGCCUUGAACAUAGGGAGUGAGGUGAUAAACAUGACUGAAAAUGUGGCUUUCACCCGGGAAUGUACCAGAGCCUUGGUGAAGAUGGAAUACUGCUCUCACUGCCAUGGACUGACUCUGAUCAAACCUUGUGUCGCCUACUGUCUCAACGUCAUGCGGGGCUGCCUGGCUAACGUUGCGGAUAUCGAUCUGCACUGGCGGGAUUACAUUUCCACUCUGGAUGAGCUCACCAGUGUUAUUAUGGGGUCGCGAGGUGUGGAGCAAGCGUUGCUCAGGGUGGCCCCACUUGUGAAUGAAGCUAUUUUGCAAGCCCAGCUGAAUGGACCGAAGAUUUCCACAACAGUGAGUAAGGUUUGCGGCCAACCCCAAGAGCGACCAAUAGCAACAAUGCUAGUAAGCACUGUACAGACGCCAGCCAUGGUGAGCUUCAAACCACAGGCAGCCACUCAAUUUGCCAACCUCACCCGCAGAAGAAGCUCGCUGCCUCUGAAAGAAGUAAAGACUGAUAGGCCCAGGACAAUGAAACAGAACACUAGAGACUUCAUGAACUACAUUCGGAGGUACAGGACCUUUUACGCUUCUCUGGCGGAACAAAUCUGUGAAGGUGAAAUUCUCCCUCAAGAUAGUUCAACCUGUUGGAGUGGAAAGGAUGUGGUUGAAAGUUACACAAAUAGAGUCGUUGGGAAUGGACUCAAAGAACAGGCCAACAACCCAGAAGUGAAAGUCCGAGGACCUGACCCGAUGGUUAAGCAAGUCAUUGACAAGCUCUUGUACAUUAACAAGAUGCAGCACAGCAAAUCAACCAAGGCAGCACAAUGGUCCUCGAGUCAAGGCGGCAGUGGUGAGGGUGAGGACACUGAGUCAAGUGGAGAGUGCGACGAUGAAGAUGGGUGCACAGGAUCUGGAAGUGGAGCACCGGGAAGGCAGAAGAAUACACAUGCGCCAGAAGACCGGUGGGCAACAAACAAGGUUUUCCCAGCUGUUGCCCCCACUCUGAGGGGAGCCAAGAUGGCAUCUCCAAGCUUGUCGCCCAGCACCACAGCACAGAGCAAACCAGGAGCUGCCCCCAGUCACUGCAGCUCUUUACCUAUCGCCAUUAUCACAACACUGGGGCUGCUGUGUCAUUGGUUGUUAUAGUUGCGAUGCCUGCCUUUAUUUAUCCAGUGUUACAAUCAUCAUGCAGCUUAUUUUUCUUAUUGGAGGCCAGCUGAUGCUUUAGGAUCUGUGUUCUUGUAAUAUAGUCGAAAGCUGCAAUAUACUAUAGCAAACUGUUGUUCUAGAAGAUUCUGUUUGAACAAUACAAGUGAAAACUGUACAUAGUUUGUAAAAAAAAGAGUUAGAGGUAAAGUAUCUGCCAGAGUACAAACAUGUAAUCACUUUGAGCGUAAACUCUGUACAAAUAGCCUUUCCCUUGCACAUCCUUCUCUAAGGUAAUGCAUUUGUUUACUCAGAAUAACUCAUAGCUACUUAAGGCCUGAUGUUCCUUCUCACAUUGCAGCUUGCUCCUUUAAUUACAUAGAUUUAUCGGCCACUCCUCUGCUGUGCAGGCAUAUGAUGAUGUGUGCUGUUAUGAGCCUUAAGACCGGAAAACCACACCUUUGAUCCCCUACAAACCAGAUGCAAUAGUUGAGUAGGGUAUCAUUAUUGGUCUCGUUGCUUCAGAGUUAGGGAACUGACAGGGCAAGUCAUACCAGAAUUUGACACUGAUGAUAAUUACAUGGUGGGUCUUGCUGAAAAAUAUGGGCAACUGGAUUCAGUUGCAGUUUUAAGCUUGAUCAAUCUUUAUCCAAGUAAGCCUCUUACACAAUCAUUGCAUGUAGGGGAAUAUGCAGGACAACCCUCCUCUCCCAGAUUGCCACAAAAGUCAGGCUUGACUACAAUCUCCAUUGCAUCGUCACAAACUGAUGAAUUUAGGCAUAGUAAGAUCCAGCACCCAACCAGCCCCAUUGGCUCACUGAGCCCAUACUGACCACCUAGCAACCAUGUUUACACAAAUCUGACCCUCAUCCAUUGUAGUUUCCCCCACUUACCCCCAAAAAAUCUAACCCACGGUUUCUACCACUUCACCUACACACCUGGAGCAACUUAUAGUGGGUAAUUAACCUACCGAUGCUCACAUAUUUUGGAAUGUGGGAGAAAACCAGAGCAUCCUAGAGAAACUCAUGCAUUACAGAAAGAACAUGCAAUCUCCAUGCAGACAGCAUCCGAGGUCAGGAUUGAACCCAGGUCUCUAGAGCUGUGAAGCAGCAGCUCACAGUGUGCUACUGGGUCGCACCGAUGGAUGAGACAGCCUUUCCUGUAGAAACUAUAAAGAAGCCUUUCUUUUAGCAUGUUUUUGGUAAGGGGGCAGGAUCUGUUACAUUUAUAAAACUGUUUUCAAUGUUGACAUGACUGCAUAUCAGAUUUCUCAAAGGCCGGUUGCUGUCUCCACCUAGAUUUUGAGGUCUGCUGUAACUAUAGCUGCACGUUUUCAGUAAAAUAUGUUUCUCUUUUGUUGAAAGAAAACAGUAAUAUUAUUUGUAACCUGAACUUGUCCUUAAGAAAGGACACCAAUUCUUUGUCACAUAAGAAGUUUACUGUUUAUAAUCCUUAACAGUUAUCCCUUCAACUGACACCGGAUAACCAAUAGUUAUCACGUUGCUGAGUUGUGUUGCUACUCAUUUUGCCACAGUCAUUUCACACAUCUCAAGGCUGGCAUUUCCUCUGUCCAUUCUGCCCAUCUGCAUCCAUACUAUCUCAUCCAGCUGCGUCACAAGCUUGAUUUCUUUCUCCACCAUCUCUUCAGACAAGACAUUAACAAAGGCCACAGCCGACCCUCAAGGUAGAUAUAAAAGGUCUCUGUGCUGCUGUUGGGAAAAUAGGAGGCACUUCCUCCCUAACUUCUGAACCAACAGCCAUCCCUCAACCAACAUUGAGAAGAUUGUCUUCCUCAUCUCCAGCCAUGACUGCACUUUUAAAAUAUUCCAUCUGCUGAUGAGCAUAAAAAAAUAAGCUCAAUCUAAUUGUUUUCCUCCUUUAAUUUAUCCCUUCUAUACAUUGUAUAUUAUUUAGAAGUCAGAGUUUACAUUUAAGAGGUUGCUGAACAGCAGUGUGCUUCUGAGUUUGCAUUUCUGGGCCACAUGUGCAUAACAGCUGGUUUCUGAAACAAUCAGGAAGCCUUCCCUCUGCUUACAAUCUUCUUACCACUGUCCUUGUUCCAGCUGCAACAGUAAGAACGGUAUCCUUUUUAUGAUCACAUCUGGAAGUGCCAAAUCUCUCCGUAAGGAAAUGCAUCCCCUCUCCAAAUGAAACAGAUGCCUUCAUCACCCUGAUGAUGAAACCCACCCCUCUGAAGGUGGUGAGUAUCAGAGAUCAGCCAAAGCUGAGUCACUCCAGUGCUAUCACUGUUCUGCAUCUACCUCCUGUCGACAUCCAGAUGUUAUUUGUCAAUGCUUCACCAGAUGUUGGUGGCUUUACUUCAUUAAGUCACUCAGUGGAAAUGGUGGAAAGUUAGGCAGUGUACUUUGACAAAAGAUGUUGCUUUUGGAUCAAGAACUCAACAAGAAUACUUUGAAGCCCUUGGGCGGGGCUUCACUCUGCAUCUCCUCUAAAAUUUUACUUGGGUUUGUGUAGCUGGAAGAUGAUCUGAGGCUUCGUGAAGGAGACUCCCGCUCUGGAGAAAGGCACAGUCUUCGGCUAACCACUACCUUCUUCACCUGAGGACAGUGCUCUUAAUCAUCCUCUCUUCAGUGGUUCAGCCUGUGGACCAAGGGAUGGAGGUGACAGAGGAGAAAGUCAUCAAACUCUUUGUAAAACUGCUUCAAUGUUUUGAUUCAAGUGACUUGAACAGUAGUUCCCAGUUGACCAGUGCCUUGGUUUGAAGAUAUUUAACCUUUGGUUUCAAAUUUCUCCAUAGCUGCAACCCUUUGUGAUAUCCACCUGGAUGACAAUCAGACCAUAAGGCUGAGGAGCAGAAUUGGGCCAUCUGGCCCAUCGAAUCUACUCCGCCAUUUUGUCAUGGCUGAUCCAAUUUCCUCUCAACUCCAUUCUCCUGCCUUCUUCCCAUAAUCUUUCAUCCCCUGACUAAUCAAGAACCUAUUAACCUCUGCCUUAAAUGCACCCAGUGACCUGGCCUCUACAGAUUCACCAUCUUCUGGCUAAUGAAAUUCCUUCCUAUUUCUGUUAUAAAUGGACGUCCCUCUAUUUUGAGGCUGUGCCUGCUGAUCUUAGCCUACCCCACCAAAGGAAACAUCCACUUCUCUUCCACUUUAUCUAGGCCUUUCAACAUUCGAUAGGUUUCAAUGAGGUCCCCACUCAUUCUUAUAAAUUCCAGCGGGUACAGGGCCAGAGCCUUCAAUCACUGCUCAUAUGAUAACCCUUUCAUUACUGGAGUCAAUUCAUGAUCCUCCUCUGAACCCUCUCCAAUGUGAUCAAACUGUCCACAACACUCAAUGUGUCUUAUAAAGCCUCAGCAUUACAUCCUUGCUUUCAUAUUCUGGUCCUCUUAAAGUGAAUGCUAAUAUUGCAUUCUCCUUCCUCACCACUGAUUCAAUUUGCAAAUUAACCUUAAGGGAAUCCUGCACGAUGACACACAAAUCCCUUUGCAACUUGGAUUUUGGAAUUCUCUUCCCCUUUAAAAGGUAGUUUAUGCUUUUAUUCUUUCUGCCAAAGUGUAUGACCACAUACUUCCUGAUACUGUAUUCUAUCUACCUUCUCUUUACCCAUUCUUCUAAUCUGUCUAAGACCUCCUGCAGCUUCUCUGCUUCCUCAAACCUACCUGCCUCUCCACCUAUCUUCACAUCAUCCACAAAGCCAUCAAUUCCAUUAUGAAAUCAUUGAUGUACAAUGUAAAAAGAAACGGUCCAUUACCAAACCCCAUGGAACACCACUAGUUACCAGUAGCCAAUCAAAAAAGGCUCCCUUUAUUCCCACUCUUUGUGUCCUGCCAGUUAGCCAAUGCUUUAGCCAUACCAGUAUCUUUCCUGUAAUACGCUGGGUUCUUGUCUUGUUUAGCAGCCUUAUGUGUGGCAUUUCUGUCAAAGGCUUUCUGAAAAUCCAAGUAUGCAACAUCCACCAAUUCUCCUUGUCUAUCCUGUUUGUUAUUUCUUCAAAAAAAUUCCACCAGGUUUGUCAGGCAAGAUUAUCCCUUAUCACCUAUUUUUGACAUGUGCCUCCAAGUAUCCUGAAACCACAUCCUUAACAAUUGAUUCCAACAUCUUCCCAACCAUUAAGGUCAGGAUAACUGCCCUAUAUUUUCAUUUCUUCUGCCUCCCUCCCUUCUUUAUGAGUGGAGGGACAUUUGCAAUUUUUGAGUUCCCUGGAACCAUGCCAGAAUCUACUGAUUUCUGAAAGAUCACUACUAAUGCCUUCACAAUCUAUUCAGCUACCUCUUUUAAAAACCUGGGAUGCAGUCCAUCAGGUCCAGGUGACUUAUCUACCUUCAGACCUUUCAGUUUCCCAAGUACCAUCCCCUUUGUAAUAGCAUCUGCACUCAUUUCUGCCCCUUGACAUUCUCGAACUUCUGACAUACUACCAGUGUCUUUCAUAGUGAAGACUGAUGCAAAAUACUUAUUCAGUUUUUCCGCCAUUUCCGUAAUCCACCCCCCCAACUCCCCUUACUAUCUCUCCAGGGUCAUUUUCCAGUGGUCCAGUAUCUAUUCUUGCCUUUCUUUCACUCUUUAUAUAUCUGAAAAAACUUUUGGUAUAAAUUUUGAUGUUGGCUCCUCUACCUUCAUAUUUCAUCCCCCCCUCCAAAUGGUUUUAACAGUUGCCAUAAUCAUUCUCCAGCGUUUGUCCUUGUACUAUUCUGGUAUGUUGUUUAUGAUGACUUGUAUUACUUCAGUUCCACUAUCUAGGCCCAAACACUGAACACUUCCUCUAUAAAUCUAACGAUCUUUCAUUCCACUGUUUGUAAAGGUUACCCUUUUCAGGCCAAAAGUCUCCUAUGGUUUGAAUUUUAUUUUAUGAUGCACCCAACAAUUACAGUGGGACCCUCUACCAGACUGGAGAACUGUAUAAGUGAAAACAUUAUUACAUUUCGCUUUACUGUUCACCAGUCGGCAAAACAUUUCAGUGAGCGAUUACUUGUGUCUUAACAUCCUUAACUUCACCCACACCUUGUCUUCUGGCCCACAAAGAUUCUUAGAACUGGAAAUACAUAAAUCAGCUGGCUGUAUCUCGUUCUCACACUAUCAGCAUGGUUCUAUCGGCACUUCAUCUUCAAUUUUUUUUUAUAAUAGUUUUAAUUAUACAAGUCAGAAGCCUUGACAAAUACUGUAUGAUGCACAAAUCCAUCAUUUCUCUUUGGCAGUUAAUGGAGUAGAAUCCAGUUCUAUAUCAAAAUAUGGAAACAAAAAAUAUAGUGGUUAAAGUUGCAAUGAAACUAUCAGAUUGACCUACAGACCCAAAACUGAUGUAUCUGAAGGGGGAAAAGUGCUAUUUUCUUUCCCUGGUUAGGCAUGUACAUGAUUCUGGUCACAGAGCAAAGUGUAAGUUUCUGAUCGACCCUUGGGAGUUGCCUGAUACGUCACUCAGUUUCAAACUACCUGACAUCACCAUGUAUACAUUCAGCAUGCAGAUUUUACUAGCUAAAGAAAACAAAUAAAAACCCCUUCAUACCUAAUAGGGACGGUCAGUAAAUGCUGGCUCUUAGAGAAUAACUAUUAACACAGUGCGUUCUCAGGUAGAUACAGAAAAUCCUAUAGAGAAGAGUUAAUGAGGUACUCCCAACCUCUUAGCCAACAAUAAUUCCUCCACCAAUGUCACUAAAAAGCAGACAAGUGUUUGGUCACUGCAGUUCGCUAUGCGAAAACUGUGCUUCCUCUGUCACAACAGCAAGUACUCUUCAGAAAGACUUCAACAGCAGUAAAGAACUGAGCUGUCCUGAGAUCUCAAAAGUCUCUCUUGCGUGUCUGUGCAUCUGUGUGCCUAUAGCUACAGUGCUGCACAUGCUGAGGUAAUCUCUCCAAAAUUGAAGACAGUUUUACUAUAAUAUAUUGCAGUUUUAAACACAUUUCUGUCAAAACUAAAUGAUACAAUUGUACUUGCGGCAUAUUACAGGAAGAGAAAGAGUAACACGUUAAAAAGAAACACUCGCUUCAAUAAAUGAGCAACAGCAUUGCUCUUUCACUGCUACACAGAAACUUUGCUGGCUUUGCAACUGUACUUCAAUGAGUCCUGGCAUUAAAGAACUGUCUAUUCAAAUACUUUUAACAAAGAGAAGAAUUUUGCCAAUAAAAUUAAUUAUUUUAUACACUGUUUCUAAUCCAUAUGCAUCAGUUUCACUGGAGGAGCGAGGUCUAUAGAAAAUGACUGACAACAUAAUCAGAGGGUUAAUUCAACUUUUGCAUGGGUAUAUGUUGGAGCUAAGAUUAUAAUAUUGAUCCCAGUCUCCUGUUCGCCUGAACACAAGAUAUCCUGGUAACUCUGGUAUACACAGAGGAGCCAAACAAGUAUAGCAUUGCGGUAAGCAGCAAGUAAAUAGAAAGAGACCAAGUUCCGGAUUGGGUUACACAGUAGGCACAAUGGUUUAAUUCCAACCUUUCAUCUGCAAGAUGUUGAUUGCAAUCCAGCCCACAUAGUAUUGCAUCUGAGCCUAUCCAAUGAACAGUACAUUGAUAAUAAACUUAGCCCAGAUUCAAGGCCAUAAGAUGUAAGAGCAGAAUUAGCCCAUUUGGGCCAUCAAUUUUGCUCUGCCAUUUCAUCAUGGCUGAUCCAUUUUCCUCUCAGCCCCAAUCUCCUGCCUUCUCCCUGCACCCCCUCAUGCCCUGACUAAUCAAGAAUCCACCAACUUCUGCCUUAAAUAUACCCAGUGACUUGCCUCCACAGCCGCCUGUGGAAACACCCCUCGCUGGCUAAAGAAAUUCCUGCUCAUCUCCCUCUAACAUGGCACAUCCAGAGUAAGAAACUCUGUGCCGCAGCAGCCAAAUUUGUUUAGUUCCACCACUGAGUAUCAUUAGGGAAAUGCAAAAUAUCACAUCGAUUCAAUAAAGUUUCUCUUCUGACGAAAGACAGCAAGUGUGGCAGCACAAUGGUGUAGCUAGCAGACCCAGGGCCUCACAGCACUGGAAAUCCCAGUUCAAAACUGACCUCAGGUGCUGUUUGUGUGGAGUCUGCACGUUCUACCUAUAGGUUUUCUUGGCAUCCUUCAGUUUCUUCCCACACCCAGGGGGUACAAAUUGAUAAAUUAAUUAGUCAAUGAAAAUUGCCCUUGGGUGUAGGUGAUGGGCAGUUAAUGAAAGAGUGGGAAAAUAAAGUGAGUUCAGUGUAAAUGUGGGGUUAAAAGUUAGCAUGGACAUAGCUUGAAGGGCCUGUUUCCAUGGAUUGUGACUCUAUGAGAUUAUGCAAUACAUUUCUCCUCAUCCUUUACAUCUUGUUUAUACAAACGUAGAUUAGAUGGUUAGUUUUAUUAUCUUUAAAAGGAAUUUGCAGUAGACUAGAAAUGGAAAGGUUAGGUAUUAGUAGCAUGCAGUUAUCUGAUUCAAGCUCAGUUGCAACAUUGUAAGGAUUCAGACAUAUCUAAGUAUAACGAAAGCAGUGGGGGAGAAAGCUGAGAUCUAAUAACAUAGAGACAAUGGAAGUGCAUGUGUCAGUGAUAUGAGGAAUAGUCACACAAAUGUUCAGAAAGCUUCCUAAGAUCCCUAGAACUCAACCCCUCAUCAAUCUUUGCCAAAAGUGUGGUUAGAAAAUCAAGGGCAACAGAAGAUAUUCAAAAGAUAAAAAUGUAUUUUUGUGUUGUUGCCAAGGUGAUGUUGCAUGCAGUGCAUUAGGAAAAAGUUACUCCUCUGUUAUGUUCUACUCCACCACUCCAUCAGUCAGCGCUCUGCGAUGAAGUUUUGACUGUGGUUGACAAUUGUGACCCUGCAUUGUGCCAGUCCCUUGCUGCCUGGCAACUGCCUCUGAUCCAAGACAUUAGCUGCAGCCUCCCCCAGAACACUCCCAGGCAUUCUGAAGUGUUCGACAGAAUUAGUGGAUGUAGUUAUUCUGUCAACACCAGCUGUUCAGCAGAUGCACCUUAGGCAGUUUUACAUAAAGGCAGAGAAAUGAACAAGAGAUGACAAGAUAAAAAUAAAUUAAAAUCUGCAACUGCUGGAAAUCUGAAAUAAAAAUAGAGACGUAUUGGGAAUGUUCAACAGGUCAGGCAGUAUCUAUGGGAAGGUAAAUGUUUCAGGCCUGAAGUCAUCUGUUCUGAAAAAUCCCAGUCCUGAAAAGUUAACUCUGAUUCUAUCUCCACAGAUGCUACCUGAUCUCCUGAGUGUUUUGGGCAUUUUCUGUUUUUAUUUCAAAUAACUAAAUCAGAGAACUGAGCCUCUCCUCAAAUUCUGAUAUGUGGAUGCUCUUACCACAGGAAAGAACAGCAGUGGUGAGGUAGUUUAUUGUAAUGGAUGAAUGGAAGUAAAAAUGCACUUUAAUUGUUUCUGGUCCUGUCUCCAGAUGGCACAAUGGCAUACUGAGUAGAGCCACUCUCUCAUAACUCCGGAAACUUUUGUUCAAUCCUGGCCUCUUGCCUGUGUGGAUUACUCAGUUGCUCUGGUUUCUUUCUAUUACCCAAAAACAUGCAAAUUGAUUGGUCAAUUGGCCACAAAGUUUCCCCCAGUCUCUGGUGGGUGUUAGAAUCUAGUUCGAGCAGAAUGGAAUGUGGGGAGAAUAAUAUGGUAUCCAAUAAAAUUAGUGUAAGUGGGUCAGCAUAAACGAUGGGCUGAAGAGCCCAUUUCCUUGCUGUAGUGCUCUGUCAAAUCAGGAUACUUUUUUUGCACAAAGGAUGGUAUCAUAGAAUGACUGAGAGAUGCAACAUGGAAAUAAGUCCUUAAGCCCUUUGAGCUCAUCAGCUACCCAUUGAUACCACUCCUACAUUAAUCCCAUUCUUUAUUAGAACCAUAGAACCAUAGAAACUUCAGCACGAACAGGCCUUUUGGCCCUUCUUGGCUGUGCCGAACCAUUUUCUGCCUAGUCCCACUGACCUGCACACGGACCAUAUCCCUCCAUACACCUC